AUGAAAGACAUUCAUGAGGAGGAAGUGGUUGUUGAAGCUCCACAUGAAGAAGAGGAAGUAGACACAAAGCAGGAGAAGGAAGAAGUGAGCCUUAAGGAGCCCAAGAGGAAGGCUAUAAUGGAUGAAUCCAUUCCUAUCCCAUUUUCUUCCAUGGUAAAGAAGGCCAAGAAAACUCCGGAGUUUGAUUUGAACAUGCUUCAAGUAUUCAAGAAGGUUGAGGUAAUCAUCCCACUUCUUGAUGCCAUUCAACAAAUUUCGAAGUAUGUAAAAUUUUUAAAAGACUUGUGCACACACAAGGAUAGGAUAGGUGAGUUGGAGACAUUGUCAUUGGGUAGUUCCAUUUCUUCAUUGAUGAAGCCUAUUUUGAAAAAGUGUGGUGACCCUGGACCAUGUUUGGUGUCUUGUUGUAUUGGUGGAGUUACUUUUCAUGACUGUAUGUGUGAUUUAGGGGCUUGCAUAAGCAUCAUGCCACUUUCUAUCUUUGCACGGUUGAAUUUAGCUCCAUUGAAGAGGUCGGCCGCCAAAUUUGCCUUAGCCGACAAGAGCGUGAUUACCGUAGUAGGAAUAGCAAAAGAUAUGCUUGUGGCGAUCAAGGAUUUGAUGUUUUCGGUUGAUUUCUACAUCCUUGAAAUGCCUCCAACGGAUAAUAGAAGUUCUUCCUCCGUUUUACUUGGUAGACCUUUCUUGAAGACCUCUAAAUUUAAAUUGGAUGGAUUUACCAGCAGAUACUCCUUUGAGGUAGGAGAUAAGACUAUCAAGUUCAAUUUGGAAGAAGCCAUGAUGCACCCAUCCGAAGAGCAUUCCGUUCUCCGAUGUGAUGUAAUUGAUGAGAUAGUAGUGGAGGUACGAAGAGAAGAUCACAAUAAGUUGUAUUACCCUACUGUUGAAGAGACGGAUGACCAUGAGGGUGAACAAGAAAGAUUAAUUGAGAAUGAACUUCAUGAUCUUGGUGAAAAAGAACCCCAACUGGAAGCAAAAAGUGAAUUGAAGCCCCUUCCCUCUCAUUUGAAGUAUGCAUUUCUUGAGGACAACCAAUAA